CCACGGGGGGUCCUGGGCCGUUUGGGGCUCACCACGGCGCUGUCCGGCGCAGGCGGGUCGCGAUGGUGAAGCUGUUCAUCGGGAACCUGCCGCGGGAGGCGACGGAGCAGGAGAUCCGCUCCCUGUUCGAGCAGUACGGGAAGGUGCUGGAGUGCGACAUCAUCAAGAACUACGGCUUCGUGCACAUCGAGGACAAGACGGCGGCCGAGGACGCCAUCCGCAACCUGCACCACCACAAGCUGCACGGCGUCUGCAUCAACGUGGAGGCCAGCAAGAACAAGAGCAAAGCCUCCACCAAGCUGCACGUGGGCAACAUCAGCCCCACCUGCACCAACCUGGAGCUGCGCGCCAAAUUCGAGGAGUACGGCCCCGUCAUCGAAUGUGACAUCGUCAAGGACUACGCCUUCGUGCACAUGGAGCGGGCCGAGGACGCCGUGGAGGCCAUCCGGGGGCUGGACAACACCGAGUUCCAAGGCAAGCGGAUGCGCGUGCAGCUGUCCACCAGCCGGCUGCGGACGGCGCCCGGGAUGGGAGACAAGAGCGGCUGCUACCGCUGCGGGAAGGAGGGGCACUGGUCUAAGGAGUGCCCGGUCGAUCGCCCGGGGCAAGUGGCGGACUUUGCCGAGGCCUAUAACGAGCAGUACGGAGCCGUGCGCACUCCCUACACCGCGGGCUAUGGGGAGACCGUGUAUUACGAUGAGGCCUACGGCGGGAUGGCCGACUACUACAAGCGCUACCGCGUCCGCUCCUACGCCACGGCCUCGGCGUACGACGCCUACGCGGAGCAGACCAUGGCCCAGUACUCCCAGUACGCCCAGUACUCCCAGGUCCAGUCCUCGGCCAUGGCCGCCCCCCCCCCCCCCCCCGCCGCCGCGGCCAGCACCGUCGGAGAGGCGUACACGUACGAGCGUGGGCAGCUGUCGCCCGUCUCCUCGGUGGCCCGCGCGUCCCUCUACGACAUGCAGCGCUUCGGGCGGGACCCGUACGCGGACCGGGCGCGGUACUCCGCCUUUUGAGCCGGAGGUGAGCGCGUUGGCUGCUCUCGGUGCCGCAGGGGGCCCCGCUGCCGGUGGUCCCCGUUGUGUUGGUCGAGCUCUAGGCGGGUGACGGGUCACGGUGACACAGACAGGCCCCACAGGCGUUAAAGCCCGGCUGUGGCGAGCGGGGCGGUGCCGGUGUCACUCUCGGCUGUAACUCACGUUCCGUCCCGGCACAGUCCCCGUGGGGUGGGGGGUUCCCGCAGAGCCCCCGGCUUUGGGGCAGCUCCUGCCCGCACGAGCUGUGCCCGGUCCCGGUGGGCCGAAGC